UUUUUUACUCAAGUGAUGGGUAUCAAGGGACGUCGUGUGCAUAUGAUUGAAGAACUGAGUGACACAAUUAUAUCAUUUCAGAGAGUGAGCCCUGGAGCUCGGGAUCGUUUGGUUCAGAUUACCGGUCAAAGCGAAGAUUCAAUCAAUUGUUCCAAGAUUUUGAUAGAAGAUACAAUAAGAAGGAAUGCAUCUCCUAUUCGUGAAAAGUGUCAAAAUGAAGAUGAUUGUAGUGGUUCAUCAACUAGUCUUAAUAGCACUGUUUCUGAAGAUUCUGGUGGUCCAGUCAGUAUUUUAGGUGGAAAAAAAUCUUUAAUUCAUAGUUACAGUAUGAGUGAUGCAACAUUGGGUGAAUACACCUUUACGGUAACAGUAGGGCAUGAUGUUAUAAAAAUAUCUGGAUGCAAAGUGGAUUUAGUGAAAACUGCGAAAUUGGUUUUGGAAGAAUAUUUUGCAGGCCAGGAAGAAUUGCUACAACGACAAAAAAAUCAACAACUAAUGGCUCAAGCCUGCUUAGAUUUAACCAAUUCCAAUUAUAAAACUGAUCAAGUUCAUUCAGAAAUAACAAAACAAGAUGCUCAAAAAAGUGAAAACCGAGGAAGUUCCAAUCUUAUUUCAAGUUCAAGCGAUGAUGAAACCUAUAAAGCGGAAGGAAGUCCUUUGGAAGAUGAAGUUUUCAAUGGAAAAAUGAUAUCUGAACUUCCAAAGGAUUUUUCUAAUCAAAAUUUACUAUCGAAGGAACUGAGUAAAACAAAUAAUUCCUUUAUUGAUUUAAAAUCAUACUUACUUGGACAAAUGCCAGAAGCUCAAUCAGGAAAGCAGUUUAAUCAAAAAUUAAGCCAGAUUCCGUUAUCCGAAAAGAGAGAGACUUCUCCAUUGCAAAAAGUGGAAUUCGUAUAUAAUACCAAAGAAAGAAUUCUUUACACCAGAGAUUUUCUUUUAAACUGUGCCAAAUCACCAUUUAGUCAAAUCCCACCAAAUAAUUUGGAUGAAAUCGCCAAAAUUGCACCGAUUGCAAGAGAAAGUCCAUUAAAUUUCGACCCCAAUCUCUACAAAAGGCAAGGCUUAUCGGUUAUGAAUUUACAGACGAGUCGUCAAAAUUCGGUGGAGAAAACCGAAUAAUCUGUCCGAGAUAAUCCUAAGAAUUAAGAAUCUUAUCUUGUUUCAGUAUAUAUUAUAUAUGCUAUACUAUACUAUAUAUAUAUAAGAAUUUUUUUAACUUACUAUACUAUU